AUGAUUGGUUUGGUGAGGGUAGUAGAUUGGCAUGCAUUCCGAAGAAGUGAACCUCCAAAAGAUUAUUUGGAACUCGCACAACGUGCAAUAGCUUUUGCUGAUGGCCUUCCACUAGCUCUAACAAUUUUAGGUUCUCAUCUUCGUGGUAUAGAUAUACCACGUUGGCAAGUUAUAUUAGAUGAUUACAAAGGAGAACCUUAUACACAUAUUGAAAGAAUACUUCAAAAAAGUUAUGAUGCCUUGGAUCAUCGCGCAAAAGAAUAUUUUCUCGACAUUGCAUGUUUCUUCAAUGGUGGAUAUGAGAACUACGUGCCAGAAAAGGGUGGAUAUGAGAACUAUGUGCCAGAAAUAGUACCCAAAAAAUUCAUUGAAGAAUUCGUUGAGAAGGCAAUGAUAACUAUUGAAGGGAGUAGGAUUUUAAUGCACGACUUGCUAGCAAACCUGGGCAAGGAUAUAGUUCACAAAGAAUCCCCCAAUGAUCCUGGCCAACGUAGUAGAUUGUGGUUUUAUGAGGAUGUCAAACAAGUUCUAAUGGAAAGUACAGGAACAAGAAAUAUUAAAGGCAUCAUGGUGAAGCUUCCAAAACCAGCUAAGAUAACCUUGAAUCCAGAAUGCUUCCGUAAUAUGGUAAAUCUUCAAAUUUUCAUAAACCGUAAUGCAUCUCUAUGUGGGCACAUUAACUAUCUGCCCAACACGUUAAGAUGGAUUGAUUGGGAUGGAUAUCAGUUACAAUCUUUGCCACUCAAUUUUCAAGGAAAUAAUCUUGUUAAGUUCAAUAUGCCUCGCAGUCAUAUCAGACAAUUGGAUGGAUUUAACUUUAAGCAGUUGCCAAACCUGACAUAUAUGAAUUUGAGUGGUUGUCAAUUCUUAGAAAAAAUCCCAGACUUAUCCGGAAUCCUAAACAUAAAGUACUUGAAUCUAAAUUACUGUACACGUUUGGUUGAGGUCGACGGUUCUGUUGGAUUCCUUGAUAAACUUGUUGAAUUGGAUCUUGGUGGAUGCUUCAAUCUUACAAGGUUUGCAACAACACUUAGAUUGAACUCCCUGGAAAACCUUUCCCUUCAUGGUUGCAAAAGUCUUGAGAGUUUCCCAGAAAUAGAAGUCCAGAUGGAAUCACUACGAAGUUUGGACAUAUCAAAAAGUGGCGUAAGAGAAUUGCCUCUAUCAAUUGCAUAUCUUACUGGACUUGAAUCUUUGAAUCUUCAUGGAUGCUUCAAUCUUAUUGGGCUUGAAUUACGGCUGUUUUCUUGCUGGUCCACAUUACAUUAUCUUGAUCUAUCUGGAAGCAAUUUUGUCACGCUUCCGGAAUGCAUUAGAAAAUUUGUGCGCUUGGACGAGCUUCACUUGCGUGAUUGA